AUGAGGGAAGUGGUGGAAGCAUUAAAGAAAUACAUCAAUCAGUUAUGUAUUGAAACACUUAAAGAUAUUCCAUUCGAAACACAAGGUGAAGUACGAGCUAAAACAUUUGAUUGUGAUUAUAAUCAACAAAUCUUUCAUGAUUAUAUAAUUGUAUGGCUCGAUAAACGAAUAAAUGAUAUCCAAAUGAAAGUUAAUGACCGUUUACAUUCUAUUGUUGAUUCUGUAUCUUUUUACGACGAUGUUGAUCAAUGUUUGGAUGAUAUAACAGAUUUUUGUAACGGUGAAAAAAUAUAUUUUAUUGUUUCUCAUGAAUUAUUUCAAAAUAUAUCCUCGACUCUUAAAGACUUGCAACAAAUUCAAUGUAUUUAUGUUGAAAGAGACGAGCCGUUUGCAAUAAGAUAUCAUCGAAACGAUUAUGAUGUAACAUAUUGUUCAUCCAUAAACGAAAUUCUUAAUCAAUUGGAAGAAAAUUUGAAAAUGAAUGUUAAACACUCUAUACAAAUUUCUGUGUACAAACCAUUUAAAAAUCAGAAAACAUGUCAAUUAGGAGGAGAUGAUUUGGAAUUUAUUUUUCAAUUAUUCAUUGAAACAUCAUUAAAAGUGCCGGAAGAAUGCGAUGAAAAUGCUAAAGACGAUAUGUUAAUACAAUGUCGAUCGUAUUACAAAAAUAAUCAAACUGAAAUGGAUAAAAUAAAAGAUUUUGAAGAAAACUAUCAGCCCAAUUUGGCUAUUUCAUGGUAUACUAAAGAUACAUUUCUCUAUCGUAUAAUAAACAAAGCAUUACGAACAAAAAACCUGUCUUUAAUAUACAAAUUUCGAUUUAUUAUCAAAGAUUUACAUAAUCAAUUGACAUUAGCACACAAUCAACAGUUUGUUCCGAACUCAAAUUCGAUUACUACUUAUCGCGGACAGUUAUUAAAACAGGAGGAAUUAAAUACAUUAAAAGAAAAUGUUCAUGGUGUUCUAAUAAUUAACACAUUCCUGUCAACAACAUAUGAUGAAGAAGUUGCUCUUAGUUUUGCCGGUGACGGUGAACGUAGACCAUUUUUAGAAUCAGUUUUAUUUGAGAUGAAUAUACCAUCUACAACAACAAAAAUAUUUGCAAAUAUUCAAGAAUUUAGUAACCUAAAAACUGAAGACGAAUGUCUUUUUUCAUGCUGUACAAUAUUUCGUAUUGAUUCAUGUAAAGAAUUAGGAUCUGGAUGGCAUGUUCAAUUAACAUUGAUAGAUCAGGAUAUGGAAAAUACAACUUUUAAUAGUUAUCGAUCGUUAGUUAAUAUUGAUCGAAUAAUGCCCACAUAUUGGACAUUAUCCUCAAUUUUAUUUCAUUUAGGCGAUAGUGAAAAACGUCAACACUAUUAUCGUAUGACAUCUGGUAGAUUGCCAGCGAAACAUCCUGAUUUUUUAACCGAAUAUUUUGUGCAUGGAUUACACUAUAAAAGUUAUAAUUUAGCAUUAGAAUUCUGUAAAAAAGGAUUCGAACAAGAACUAGUGUGUUCAUCAAAAUUAGAUUAUGAUACACUUUUCCGUUACUAUAGCGAAAUAGGUUUGAUCUGCAGUGAGACAAAUGGUUAUUCAUUUGCCAUAAACUAUUACAAGAAAGCACUUAAUAUUUGCUUAGAUGACAAUCAAUCAUCAAUCAGUUAUUGCAAUCUUGGAUGGUUAUAUAUUUGGAUUGGAAAAGUGUAUUAUAAAAUAGGUGAGUAUCAUGACAUGAUGUACUAUUAUAAUAAAGGAUUGAAAAUUCAACAAGAACUUUAUGGAAAUAAUUAUAUUGAACUUAUCUCACUUUACAAUGAUAUGGCAUUAGGAUAUAUUGAACAAUCGAAUUGUGAAUUAGCAAAAAUGAAUACAAUUAAAUCACUCAGAAUUUUAUUUCCAUCAUCAUUUUGUUCAAAAGGUUAUUAUUAUUUUGAGCGUACAUUCAGAAAUAUAAUUCGAAUUAAAGAAAAAUUUGGUAUUUUACUUCGAUUUAAACACAGAUGCAUUCAACAACUAUGUCCGAUGUGUCGUGAAUACGCGAAAAUACAAAAUAAUGAUGAUUCUAUAAAAGAAACUGUUCCAACUGGAAGAGUGUAUUUCACUAAACCAGAUAAAUAUGGCUAUAAACAAGUGCAACUUUCCGAUGGUCGAACACCAAACAUAUAUUUCAGUGGAAAUGGCCCCAUAUAUACAGACCCAAAUUUAAAUUUGUACAUUAAUGGAGUACGGGUUGAAAAUUCACGUGAUUUUAGUCAAAAUCUACACUAA